UUUGUAGCUACGGCUGGGUCGGCUACUUAUUUAAUUCAAUACAUACCUAUUGUGUAUCUUAAUCAGCUUUUUUGUUUGCUCUCCUAAAUUGGAUUAACGGCGCUGACGUGGAAACCUGUUGGUAAGCGGAAGACGUGCCGAAGAUACUGAGCCACACGUGAAUAGUAACUCGUAGUGGUAAAAAUAAUGCGUGAAAAAUAACAAGAUGCGUACGAGAUGUUCCUUGAAGACAUCAACGGUUUCUCCUACAACGGAUGCAACGAGAAAUUCUGCCAAGUAAGUUCAUGGCUCAUACCAAACCUACCGCACCCCGCUGCCACAAGGGAUCCGGAGUUUCAACACAUCGUGAUGGUUUUGACGUCAUGGAGGGCCGUCCCAAGUCUCCUGAACGACCAAUACUGCAUCCACGACUCUCUUUCGUGGAGGUGGCCCACCGCCCAGAAUAUCUUAACAUCCGUCCUCGAACGAGAGUCCAGUUGUUCCGUCUGCCAUCCAGUAGUAGCCAAUGCGUUAGCGGGUCUGUACGAUGCGGGCGACUGUCAGCGGAAAGCAAAAUACUGGGUCCAACAAAACAUCACAGAGUUGAGGAAACCCCAAAGUCUGGCACGCGAACAGAAACCUAAAAACCAUAAUUCGAUAUGCCAACUCGUCGAUUUCGAGGUUGGAUACGCAUCGAGAAACGAGACGGAGGGAAUAGCACAAAAUCAGAAUCUGAUACCUUCGAAUUAUUACCAGCAAAAGGAUCACGGCACAGCUUGGGACCAAGCGAUACACUCGCCAGGUUUUUUUCUUACUAAAUUAGAACCGUGGCGUUUUGAAUUUCUUGGAUUUGCGCUUCUCAAUACGGGGAUACUGCUUUUAGAUUGUGGCUCGCUCCCGGAAAUCGGUCCUAGAACGUGUACAAGGCAACUAUGUAUCUAAUAUCCUAUAGUUUCCUCAAUAAAAAGGA